AUGUCCAACGGCGUGCGCAACCUCCGCGCCAUGUUCGAGAACGGCAACGCCGCUGCCUCGCCUGAGCCCCGCGGCCGCUCCCCGACAGACACGGCAGCCGCGACCGACGGCGGCGAAGAGCGUCCCAAGUCCAAGGUGCGCGCCUCGUUUGUCUCGGUCGAGCCCACGCCCGCCCACGCCUCGACCGACCUCGGCCAGACCAAGGGCACGCCCUCCAACAGCGUCAACGCGACCCGCCGCGAGAGCUUCCGCGUGAGCCACGACAGGACCGACGAGCUGGCCGAGCUCAAGAAGGUCGUCAGCGAGGAGAAGGAACAGCGCCGCCAGAGCAUCGCCAUCCCCGAGGCCGUGCCCGAGCAGGCCGUCGCGUCGCGCGAGUCCUCCAUGCCUGCGCCGCCCAUCCGCGACGACACACCCACCAACAUGCCCAACCUGGGCUCCAUCAUGAAGGGCUCCGAUUUCCCGGAGUCUGCCGCCGCCGACGUCGCUGUGCCGGCUCCGGAGCUGGAAGAAGUGCCAGUCGACGAGACACCAGCCGAGUCCACCGAGAGCGCUGUCGAGACCGCGCCAGUCCCCGCGCCAGAAGCAGCACCUGCCCAGCCUGCCGAGAACCCGGACAAGGCUACUACAGGCGCGCAGGAGGAUGUCGCCCUGAGACCUGCCGCGCCCACCGAGGAGGCUGUCGUGGACGAAGACAAGCCUGCUCUGCCGGACGCUGCCGUCGAUGACGACGCCGUUGUUGCUGAGGAGAACGCCAUCGCAGAGGAGGCCGCUGUCGUCGAGGAAGCUGCCAUUGCAGAGGAAGCCGAAGCUGUGCAAGCUGAAGCUGCUGCCACCGAGGAGCCCUCUGCCCCGGCCCCAGCCGCUGCUCAGCCCGCCGAGAAUACAGACAAGGCAGUGACGGGUGCUCAAGAGGAGCUCGCUCUACGACCUGCUGCGCCUGCCGACGAAGCCGCUGUUCCCGAUGCGACCGCUCCUGCGCCGGCUGAAGCAGUAAUGGCCCCGAGCACCGAACCUGCUUCAGAAGCAGCCACACCUGUUGUAACCAAGGCCAAGGCCAAUGGAACUCCUGGGCUCAAGAAGCCCGAGAUCAGGAAGCCCGCUGCCAUCUCGACUGCCAAACCUGCCAAGGCUCCCGCCGCCCCUGCCAAAAGCCCGCUACCUAAAGCAGCACCCAAGACCCCUACGAAACCCAAGACGGCCGCACCCACCAUCAAGCCUAGUCCAGCUGCAAAGACCACAAAGCCCGCAGCCCCCAAGGAGCCUGUCAAGGCCCCCAUUGCCAAGGCCCCCGCAGCAAAGGUUCCAGCCGCAAAGGUUCCAACUGCUAAGACCAGCCGCACCUCUCUGCGACCUGCAACAUCUGCGUCCUCAGCGACGGCACCCACUGCUGCCGCUGCCUCCAAGACCAAGCCUGCAGCCGCACCUGUGGAGAACAAGAAGCCUGCCAUUCCCAAGCCCGCCACUUCCGCCCCCCGCAAAAGCACGUCCCCAACAGGCUUUAAGAAGCCAACCCCAAAGUCUCCUACUCGUCCAGUCGGUUUACCAACCCGUCUGACUGCGCCGACGGCUGCCUCGGCUGCCAAACAUGGCGAGGAGCCCAAGGUCACACGCAAGCCCUCCACCAACACCCGUCCUACACCCAAGGCCCCGGCACCAAAGACUUCGCGCCCUUCCAUCGCACCCCCUGCGCCCAAACGACCUGAAUCGCGCACCUCAACCGCAAGUGCUGCUCCUAAAGGAGGCUUCCUCGAGCGCAUGAUGCGACCCACGGCCGCCAGCUCCAGCAAGACACACGAUAAGCCCCAUGAAAAGCCGUCAUCACCACCGCGUAAGGCUCCUGCCGCUUCCAAGAUCGGCACUCUACAAAAGGGGAAGAAGAAGGCGGAAGAGGUCGUGUCCAAGGCCAGAGCAGUGGUUACGAACGGAAAUUCUGAGGAGCACAAGGAUGGAGAUGAGCCCGCAAAGGAAUCUGAACAUGGCGAUCGGACAACCGAGGAGCCUAUCGCCAAUGAGCCAACACACGAAUCGCACAAACCAGCCACUCCAGUUCAAGAGGUAGACUCGUCAGUUGCAGAACUCCAGACACCCAACUUCCCAGAGGAGACGGUCCGGUAG